GUUACUUUGGUGUUUAAUGUUCGCUAUUAUCGUUGUCAAUGUCUGUUGUGUCGAAGAGUUCAAAUUAGGAUUAUUGUUAGUUUCAGCCCUUUUCAUGUGUAAUAUUUUGGUAUCUUCAUUUGUUUUCUUAUGAGUUAUUUAUGUUAACGAUUGUAAGUUUCUAAAAUAAUGAACUACAUUGCCCUUGCUCACAGAUUGCAACAUUCAAAAUAGGUAAUCCUUUCAGUAUCUAAAUCAAACAUCGCUUUGUGCUUUACUAGUGUUAUAUGCAAAAAUUUUCAUCGUUGUUGCCUUACGUUCACUCCGGGUGAUAUAAAAUAUCAGCUCUUGAUAAGUAUUAACAGACAUAUUUCAGUGCAUCUAGAAGUAUCAGAUCCAAAGACAGCUUUCUAUUUUUUCCGCCAAUUCAGCUUUUUAGUUAGCUCUGCUUUAUCGAGUUAGAUUUCCACCCAGUUUGUCAACAAGUAUAUUUUCUCUCACUCAAUUUCUUGCUGAUCUUUUGCAUCAUCCUUAUGAUCUAUUAAAAAAAGUGCCGAUGUUCUUCUAUCUCUUUCGCAUUACAAUUAUCUAUAUUCUCUAAGGCUGGUCUCUCAUCUAAGAAUUUCUGUCAGUUUGAUUGUGACAGCACAAUAUUCGGAUCGUCGUCUGUUAGUCUCAGAACAUUUGGAUCCAGUGUUCAGUAAUAAGGAUAUAAGUGAAGAUCCAACUUCUUUAAAAAUUUCCACUGAUGGGGCUGAUACCACUUGUUCAGGUAAGGCGUUCCAAUCAUUGACUACUCGGUGAGAAAAACGGUUUGUGAACCUUCUUGCUGACCUCAGAGAUUAUUGGUGCUGGAGGGAGCAAAAAGAUAAGACACAUUGACACCCAAAUCAUAAUUAAAGAUACGAAAUGCCAGUAUAAGGUCACCUCGCGUCCUACGAUACGAUCCAGGAUAAAAUGUGAUUUCAUUAGCCGUCCAUGUUUCUUAACGCAACUCUUUAUUUCGCAAACUUACUGGGAGGCUCGAUUUGGAUUUACGUUCAGGACUAAAACAUUCUUAUGCAUGUUGAUUGUUUAUACAAGCAGAUUGCUUCUUAAACUUUAUACCCCCUCACAAUUCGCUUCAUUUACUUCCUUAGGAAAUGAAUUUUCACCUGUUUUUAGCCAAUAAUAAUUAGGGCACAAUUUCUUACCUUGUUGUAUAGUAUUGUUGGUGUAUUCAAACUUCAAUUCUUCCAAAGUUUAGGGAUAUCCUGCCGCCCAAAACUUUGCUGUUUGGUUGUUUUAUCGGUAUUUGCUCCCCCAAAGUAGGCCAAAAAGCCACAUGGCACUCGUCAAUAAAAUUCAACCGAGUCAAUCUAUUCCACCUACUAGACUCCCAGAAAAGCUAAAAAGAGUUGGGUCUCUUGUGGAAUUAUUUGAUUUCUUCGUGUUGAAUGAAGGGACGGUUAUUGAUACUGUGUCCGUUAACACGUUUUUGUAUACCUAUCGCAUAUUUGCUGAUAUGGAAUUAGUUUUGGAAGUUGUAAAUAAAAAAUUUUGGGAUACAUGCCAUUCAAGCCUAAUACCUACCUCUUGGAAAGUUGGGAUUAUUUCGUCUUUCCAGUAUUUUCUUGGUGCAUGGUUGCAGCAGCCUCAUGUAAAAGAUUUCGAUUCCCCACAGAAAAUUAUUCAUCUUAAAUGGCUAGUACGGAUCCUCGCCGGUUGGUUUGAUGUUUUCCAACCCUCUUGUAAUCAAGACAGUCACAAUUAUGUUCUAAAAGAGUUGAUGAAAUGCUGUGGAAAUAAUGUGUCUUCUAAAAGUCAAGAUACGACGCGAAUCGUUCUGUGCAACAUUGAUUCAGAAGUGUGGGAUCGAAUUACUGCAGAUAUGGAGUAUUUAUGCCGACAAGCUGUAAAUUGUCUGAAAAUCAUAGCCUGUAAAUAUCAAAUAGACUUAACUCGGGAAAAACAAUUACCGUCAGUGCGUAUAAUCACUAUAAAUCGAGUCAGUUGUCAUCAUUCACCACACAACUCUGCAAUGCAUAAAUCAGAGAAGCAUUUAAAAGAAAUAAUUACCAUUACACCUUCUAUUAACCCAUUAAUUAAUUUAUGGAAUUUAAAUUUAGAUACAGUGGCUGAACAACUGACUGUUGCUGAUCAGAGAUUAUUUCUCGACAUGGAGUUAAAUGAUUGCCUGAUAUAUGCUAGAGGCAAACCUGCUCCAUCCGUGCAAGCUACAAUCGACCAAUAUAAUAAAUUAUAUCAUCUUGUCCAAAGUUCAAUGUUUAACUCAGAUCAGGAUUUUCCAAUACUAGUAGAACCUACACCGAUCUAUUUAAGACGUUUUAAUAAACGGGGUAACUAUAAUAGUCCAACAACAAGAGUUAGUCCACAGAUAAUAACGAUAUGGUCUAAAAAUUCACCUAAUAAUAAUUCUUUGGCAUCGGAUGUGGGAAAAUUAAAAACUGGAUGCAUAAUUACAUGGAUUGAUAUUGCUUAUCGAUUAGGACAAACAAGGAAUUAUUCAGCAUUAAAAGCCAUAAUUAUGGCUUUGCAGUCCACUCCAGUACUCCGAUUAUGGCAUAGUUGGAAUGUUUUGGAAUAUCAUUAUCAUGAACAUUUUAUGAAGUUUAAAUAUUUGGCUUCUGUAGUAAGCUUUGAUAAUAAUCAAGAACAAUUGAGAAAACGGUUAGAUAAGUGUGCGAACAAAAUGUAUUGGUACUUAAAACUCAACAAUCCAAAUCCAUUAUGUGGAGACAUAAACAGACCUGGUGAUAUCUCACAAUUUGAAGAUUGUGAUGCAGAAUAUAGCAGAGGGACUAGAUAUUCAACUUUACCAAAUCAGUCAUCUUAUUUAAGUGGUGUCAUACCGUAUCUCGGUGUAUUUCUUAGUGAUUUAACUUUAUUGCAUCAUUCGUCACCGGAUUAUAUCAGUCGAUCAAACUAUUCCCCAUCAAAUGAGAAUAAGCAAGAAAUUAAUACUAAUAAUCAGGAAAGUGCUCUCCCUUAUACUACUACUGAUAAUGAUAGCAAUAAUAAUAAUAAUAUUAAUUCGUCAGUAAUCAAUGCAACAAAUAAUACUAAUGUUUUUUCAAAACAAUCGGUUAAAAAUCCGUAUGGUAAAAUAAAGCUAUUGCAUAUAUCAGAUCAACUUGGAAAUUUUACCCAAAGUACACCUGAUUUGUCAGCAGUAAUUGCAUCGUCAUCAACCGUACAAUCAGAUAAUAACAGUACGAAACAAUCCUGGAAAUUAUUGAAAAAUGUAUCAUCGAAUACAAAUGUCCCACCUAUUAAACCAUCAGUUUCUGCUGAUCAUGAUGAUAAUUUCCAAUUAAAUGGGCGUGUCAAGAAGGAAAAGUUUGGCCUUUCUAGACGUCAUUCUACAACUGAUAGUACUGAUGAUAAACUAAUCAAUCUGGAUAAACAUCGUCGAGAGUUUAGAAUUCUAGCAAAUAUUUUUCUUCUUCAACAAAAUGCCCAAUUUUAUUCACUGAGACCUGAACCAGAUUUUAUUACAUGGUUUCAUUCUUAUCCAUUAAUCUCAGAAAAUGAAGCUUUUAAUCGUUCUUGUGAUCUAGAACCAGUUGAUGAUCAAGUACAACAGCAUAUAAACAGACCUUUCAGCGCAUCUUCAUAUACAUUUGACACAAGUGAUUCAAGUGGUGCAGUCGAUAUAAUAAAUAGUAAUAAAUCACGACAUCCACGUAAUAAUACAAAUAUCCAUGUAGAAAGAUCUAAAUAUGCUAUAACCCGUCCACCCAGUGCGACAGCUAUUGGUGCCACUACUACUACAUCAAUCAUGAAGAAUCCUAACACUCACAUUAGUAUCAUUAAUAGUAUUAGUUCAAGUCGAAAUAAUAAAUCACGAAUUAAUGGAACAUAUUCAUCAAGUGAUUUACUUGAUGAUAUCAAAUACAACAGGUCGACAACUACUGAAGAACUGAUUGCAGGAAAUAGUUUGGACAUUUUAUAUCAGCAAAAUAACCACAAACAUAAUAUAAAAACAUCAACUUCUAGAUGGACCACACACAAAAGUUCAUCAACUACAUUUGAUGCACGUAAUGAUAGCAAUAGUAACGACAGUAAUUUAUCCAUUACUGUUUCUUUGCAUCAUACAAAUAGUCAGCAUGACGGUCGUGUAUCACCAUUUAUUGCUAAAGUCGCUCAUUUAGGUAGCCUGUCGCAUGGAUCUCAUGGCCAUAAUGAUAAUCGCUUUUCAAAUUCGAAACAAACACAACCCAUAAUUCAAUUGUCAGUUUCUCCUGUGGAUAGUGUUUCUGAUGUACUAUCGAAAGCCCUUAAAUUAUUUGGUUGUGCUGAUCAAAAGAUUGAUAAUUAUGAUCUAAUUCAUGUCCGUAAAGAUGCUCGAGAUGUAACUCUUCCAAAAAAUUUCAACUUCUAUGAAUCGAUAAAUUAUUCUUCCUUUCAUUUAUCAAAUAAUAAACAUUAUGAAUUAUUAGAAUUUAUUUGUACACCAACUAUUCAUAAUGAGAAUAAUAAUGACAACAAUAAUAGUAACUAUAGUAAUAGUUUAAACACUUCACCAUCAUCAUCAGCAGCAUAUAUAAAAACUAACAAUAACACAAAUUAUCAUGGUAAAAAUCACAAUUCACAGCCUAACAUGACUACAACUGAAUAUGCUAAACACUAUAAAUUAACAAGUAAAAGCUCAAAUAAACAUUGUACUGUUGAAUUAUGGUCAUGAGUAUUUAUCAAUAAUUGUUUCUUAAAAAAGAAAUGAAAAAUUGAUUGUUUUUCCUCAUCAGUUUACUGUUAUUUUCCAUUAUCAAAUGUGCUGAAAUGCAUAUUGCCAUUGUUAAUAAUUUUGUCGCAUGUUUUUUGUCACUGCGCCAUUUAUUUUUCCACUAAUUGAUCCUAUCAGUCAAUAACUAAAUAAAUAAAUUCCCCCUCCCCGAAGAAAAAUUUGUUCAAUAUUUCGCCAUGUCUUUCAUGAUCGCGCAUUUUUCCUAAAUAGUUGUUCUGUUUCUUCUAUUCUCAUCACCUCUCCUAACCCCGUUCCCCUUUACUCACCUUGAAUUUUCUGCCAAAUAUGUAGUAUAUUGUUUUAAUUAACUCCCUUAUGGAGUUGUAAGCUACGUCGAAACACAUAUCCAGCAGUGCAUCUUUUAUGGUAAUGUGAUUAUUAAAUGUUGUGAUUUCACACUUUCUUUGUUUAUUCCUCACAACCUAGAUACUUACUAUUAAGGAGAUAAUAACAUCUUACUUAUUUGUUCACUGUUCAAUAGUAAAGAAUCGCUGUUUGUUUUACUUUGAUUUAUUUUUUAUUGACAUUGGACUAAAAACAAUCAAUUGUAUAUUUAUAAAUUAUUGUGUAUUUUGAAUAUCAUAUUAUUGUCACAAUACAUAAAUAUAUUUUCUGUCUAACUUU